AUGGCUCGUUCCCGCAGCCUACCAUGGGCUCUGUGCGCCGCCAUCAUGGCAGCGUUGCCGGCUAUCGCCACCCCGUCCGUCAACGUCGGCAUGAACGCGGCAUUCUCAGCCGGACCGUAUCUGCUGGAGCUCCUCGAGACUGCGGCGGCGGAGAACGAGACAGCCUACUUUCCCUUGCUCGACCGGCUUGCGAGUGGCCAUUUCGCUUCAGCCUCAUCUGAUGCCGACUUAUACAACAAGUUCGUGGCCGUGCUCAAGGAUGACGGCCACAUUCCAAGUUCCGAGGCUCUUUCCACUUUCAACCUCGCUUUGUCGCUCCGGUCCGCUGCUCCUCGGGUUGAAGCUCACUACCAAUAUUACACCACUGCGGUGGAACCUCUCGUCGCCGAUUCCCAUUGCCAGAACUGGGUCUUGCUCGAGGGAAAGCAGUACUGUACUCCGGCGCUGGACAGCUUCGUCAAAGAGGGUCUUUCAUCGUCCCGUGAAAUAGCGUUACCGUUUGACCGCAUACUCGGAUCUGGUCGGGAAGCUGUCCUCUUCGCCGAUCCGACCUCAGACUCCUUCGGCGAGUUUCACAGAGCUCUGAGCAAAGCGGCUCGCGCUCUGGAACUCAAGUAUCGACUACGUUAUCGUCUCCGCAAGGCGAGCACUGCCCAGGCCUUACCUGUCAGCGGUUUCGGCGUCGAACUGGCCCUGAAAAGGACAGAUUACAUUGUGAUUGACGACAGAGAAGACGCUCCGGACUCGGGGCGGAAACUCCGGGAGUCGGGUGACAUUCUCGACGGACAGGAAGAAGUUGCUGACUUGAAGCCGUUGUCCACGUCCGAGCUUGUCUCGCUUGGCACGAAAGCCGCAUCCUUUAUUCAAGAGAGCGAUAACCCGUUCGAAACGCUCAUCAGAUUAACUCAAGACUUCCCCAGGUUCUCUGCAUCUAUCGCUGCCCAUAACAUUUCCAAGGCCUUCAGCACCGCUCGUGAGCAAAGCCAGGCGAAUGCCGCCCCUGCUGGAGUAAACGUUCUGUGGAUGAAUGGCGUUCAACUCAUUGACCGUCAAAUCGAACCAUUCGCUCUUGUGGAGAUGCUUCGCCGUGAGAGGAGACUCAUCAACGGUGUUCGAAAUCUCGGUCUCAAUGGGAAGCAAGCUGUAUCGCUCCUCGGCCACAAGGCCGUCUCCAUGGCCAAGGGCGAACAAGAAUCGCCUAGAUAUGACUGGACCGACCGACUGGAAGACGGACGAGUCAUUGUCUGGCUCAAUGAUCUCGAAAAGGAUCCGCGCUAUGAUAAUUACCCCAAGUCCUUGUCAUCGCUGCUGCAACGCACCUUUCCUGGCCAGAUGCCGCCAAUAGGCCUCAAUAUUUUCAACCUUGUCGUGCCUGUGGAUUUUUCGAAAAGUGAGGACGUGAAUACUGUCACUCAGAUGGCAUCUAUCAUGAGCCGGGGCAUCCCUAUACAUUUCGGCUUGGUUCCAUUGACGUCCACCGUCGAAGCUACCGCUCAAGCCAAGGUGAUAUACUACUUGCUGGAAAAUCACGGUGCAGAGGCGCUUUUGGCUUAUAUUGAAGGCCUGGAGAAGAAUCCCCAAACCGCAGUUGACGAGAAGCAGUUUACCACAGUUGUCGCCAGUGGGGAGCCGCUCUCGGGCUCUCUGAGAAUGUCACUGCCCGAAGUACUCGAGGCGGAGACCUUUGAGAAACAGACCAAAUUGGCGCGUCACUGGGCGGAGAGACUGAAAGCGGACACGGCAAGCAGACUCCUUUUCAUGAAUGGCGUUAUCAUCACUCGCGACCAGAGUUGGAUGCAGACGAUGAGUAUGAAGAUCGGUGAAGACCUUCAAACGAUUCAGAAAGAGAUAUUCCAAGGAACUCUGGAUGAAGAGGCUUGGGUUCCCGGCGUCUUUCUGGAAGGCGCGGCCACGAGACGCAACGAAUACAUUGCGCUUGACAGCGACAAGGGCCUUCGAAUGCUUGAUGUCAGCCGGUUCUACACUGAGCACGCCACUUUAUUCAGCACUAUUCCAGUCCUCGAACCAUAUUCGGAGUCGACAAAGGAAAAUUGGGCCACUGCAACGAUUGUCGCUGACAUGACAACCCCUGACGGAUUGGAGCUGGUCUUGGCAGCCUUGGAGUUCAAACGCAACAACCCAGGCGCACGCCUCGAGCUCAUUCACAACCCGGAGGAUUCCUUGACUGCUUCUCUGGUGAAUUCAGCCUUCAAAGCACAAGAGGGGACGUUGGACGCCAUAGAGACAAUCGACAAGUUGAGUGACUUGCCCAAAGCGGCCGAGAGCGCUGUUGCAGAUGAGAAUUAUGCGCCGGCCCUCUCGGCAUUUCUCAAGAUGGGCAGGAUCGAGCCAGGCCAAAAGAUUAUCAUAUUGAACGGUCGAGUCAUCGGGCCAAUUUCCGCGGGCGAUCCAUUCACGACGGAUGACUUUCAGCAACUCUUGGAAUUCGAACAAAAACGUCGCAUUCUCCCAGUCUAUGCAGCAUUUGAUGACCUUGGGCUGAGCGACAAGCUCUCCAGCGCUCUUGCCGCAGCUAUGGCCACAUCCAUCACUGCCCUCUCGACAAACUCCGACCUCCCGGAAGGAAUCUUUGAAUCGGCGCCGGCCGUUCGUUCCACUCUUUACGAUUCUUGGAACGUGAGCCACGCUGCUAUCGAAGUAGGAGAUCCCGAGAAUGCAAGCAUCCACAUAGCUGGCCUUUUGGACCCUGUUAGUGAGAAGGGCCAAAGGUGGGCUCCUAUUCUCAAAGUAUUGUCGGAACUGGAUGGGGUAUACCUUAAACUCAUACAAAACCCCCGCGAGAAAAUUAGCGAGCUGCCGUUGAAGCGGUUUUUCAGAUAUGUCAUGGACUCGAAGCCCUCGUUUGACAAAAAUGGCAAGGUCAGGGCCCUAAAAGCCACGUUUGGGAGUCUGCCAUCGGAGGCGCUUUUGACAGUUGGCAUGGAUGUUCCGCCAGCAUGGCUUGUCGCGCCAAAAGAGUCGGUCCAUGAUCUUGACAACAUCAAACUGAGCUCUGUCAAGUCCGACGUCGACGCCACGUACGAGCUGGAGCACAUUCUUAUCGAGGGUCACUCAAGAGAAGGCCGAGGGAAGCCUCCUCGAGGUGCGCAACUGGUGUUAGCGACAGAAAAGAGUCCCAUGGUCACGGACACGGUUGUGAUGGCAAAUCUCGGCUUCUUUCAGUUCAAGGCAAAUCCCGGCUUCUACAACAUCAGGCUAAAGGAGGGACGGACGGCAGAUAUCUACACGAUCGAGAGUAUAGGGGCCCAAGGAUGGGAGGCCGCUCCCAAUGACGAGGGAACUGAGUUGGCGUUGAUGGACUUUCAGGGAACGACGCUGUACCCGCGCCUCAAACGACGCCCCGGGAUGGAGCAGCAGGAUGUUUUGGAAACAGCCGACGGUUCCUCUGCUGGCAGCAUAGUCUCCAAGGGCAUCAAAUUUGCCGAAGAGCUUCUUGGCGGAUCCAAAGCCAAAUCGCUGUCGGCCCAGGAGCAUGCGGAUAUCAACAUCUUCUCCGUGGCCAGUGGGCACUUGUAUGAGCGAAUGCUCAACAUCAUGAUGGUGUCCACCAUGCGGAACACCAAGCACAGCGUCAAGUUCUGGUUCAUCGAACAGUUCCUCUCGCCGUCGUUCAAGGAGUUCAUCCCGCACCUGGCCAAAGAGUAUGGAUUCAAGUACGAGAUGGUGACGUACAAAUGGCCGCAUUGGCUGCGGCAGCAGAAGGAGAAGCAACGCGAGAUUUGGGGGUACAAAAUCCUGUUUCUCGACGUGCUCUUUCCCCUGUCGCUCGACAAAGUCAUUUUCGUCGAUGCGGACCAGAUUGUGCGGACUGACAUGAUGGACCUGGUCAAUCUCGACUUAGACGGGGCGCCCUAUGGCUUCACACCCAUGUGCGAUUCGCGCACCGAGAUGGAAGGAUUCCGCUUCUGGAAGCAGGGAUACUGGGCAACCUACCUUCGGGGCCGCCCUUAUCACAUCUCGGCGCUCUACGUCGUCGACCUGCGCCGCUUCCGAGAGCUCGCCGCCGGCGAUCGGCUGCGGCAACAGUACCACGCGCUGAGCGCGGAUCCGGGCAGCCUGUCCAACCUGGACCAGGACCUGCCGAACCACAUGCAGUUCGACAUUCCCAUCCACAGUCUGCCGCAGGAAUGGCUGUGGUGCGAGACGUGGUGCAGCGAUGAGAGCCUGACGCAGGCGCGCACUAUUGAUCUCUGCAACAACCCGCAGACAAAGGAGCCCAAGCUCGACCGCGCCAGACGCCAGGUCCCCGAGUGGACCGUCUACGAUGAUGAGAUUGCCAAGGUGGACAAAAAGCGAAGGCAAAGGCUUCAAGACAAGAAGAGCGCGGGGGACACUGCAUCUGUCGAUGAGGAGGCUGUGAGUCGUCAGCCUGACGCCAUUGGAGAAGAGGCGCAACGCGAGGUCAAUACCAAGAGCCGCAACUGGGAUGAGGCGGAUGGCGGCAGGGUCCAUUCCAAGGACGAGCUCUAG